UGAUCGGAGUUAGGGACGUGGUACUUACCCUAAACCCUUAGAGAUUAAAUCUAUGACUUAAUUCUAUGAAUCUCAUAUACUAAGAUCAAUUUAAUUAGAAAUAAUAAUCGAAGGUCAUGUUUUGUAGAAAUACAUCCAACAAAUUAUGUGCAUCAUCUUGGUGUUUAGGGAAAGGAUUAAAAUAUCCUUACCAUACCUGGGGUUUGACAGGAAAACCUCAUACCAGAUGCUAAACCGAUAGACACUAUUUAGUGAUAUGAAAUGGCUGAACCACGGUUAAACCACAGUUUCGACACAAAAUACCCUACUGCCGACUUAUUUGCUAUAACCUUUGAUAAGAUUUUAAAAUCCUUAGUUUAGGGUCUAUGAUUUAAAUAGUUAAGACCUAGGGUUCACUCGUCAAGGGUUAGGGUAUAGUAUCAUGCCCCGAAAUCUGAUUAAUUCAAAAUCUAGAUUGCCAUUUCUUACCAAGGGUAUGCAUUACAUUUUGAUUUUACGCAAAACACGAUAGAAAACACUACAUAUACACAUACAUAUGUGGUUGUGUGUGCACAAUAUAAUGGGUUUUCCAUAUCUUGGAGCUAAAUCGAUUUUCGUCAUUAACUCUGCGCAUUUUCUCGACCGAGCCAAUGAUUGAAACCGAGUUGGCAACCUUGAAAAGUAGUCAAAUUAGUACCUACACCAAUGAUUAAUAGUAAUAUACCUUAACCAGUUUCCGAUCAUUAACUCUUAACACAUUUUCUUGACCGAGCUAAUAAAUGAAAUCGAUUUGGCCUCCUUCAAAAUGAGUGAAAUUAUUAUCCUACAUCAAUUAUCAAUAGUAAUAUAUGGAACCCUGCCUAGCAUUUUUUUUUUGUGUGUGUGGAAAAUUCAAGCUAAAAGGCUGGAUUUAGUUUAGAUCCCUUAACAUCAUAAAGGGAUAUAGCAAAUGAAAAAGGCAAAUUGGGUUUUAUGUAAAAUAAAAUGUUUCACUGGUAGAGUAGUGGAUAACGAAAUCGGUGAAGGAGAUAGGUUGGGUUGCUUGAGGGAAUGAACCGCUAUAUAUAAAUUAACAAAAUAAGAAAGUGAAAUCGAGAUUGGAGAGGGAGAGAGAGCGCGCCAGCCAGGCCGGCGUUUAAUGGCACUGGGCUCGAAAAAAACGGUGGGCCGCAUACAGGGUAUUGGGCCAAUGACGCAUCCCUUAUCCUUACAGAAGAGUUGGCCUGAUGUAGAUGAUGGGCGGAGAGCAUCAAAACGCACAGCCUCAUUUAAUAAAAUUCAAUGACAAAAAUGCCCCUCCGUGAAGUGCUCUAAGGGCUGGAAAUUCAAAAUGCUGUAAUCUCAACACAUGAAUCUCCUUUAUAUCUUUUGUAGAUAGAUGUAGAUGGUUUCCACCCUUAAGUUAAAUGAAUGUAAGCACGAAGUUAUAAUUUUGUAUUACCCAAACUGGGCCAUAAGCAGGCUCAUGAAAAUUUUGGGCUCACGCACAUCACUACGCUGGCCAUUCAACCCUCUCUUCGAUUUAGUUUAGGGUUUAGCGGUUCUUUUUUAUUGAUUUCUUUUCAUUCUUUCUUUUCUGCCGCCAAUUCACGAGAAGCUGGUUGAAAGAGAACAAACCCUGAACCCUACUCAUCGUCGCUGCCGUCGAAGCCUGUGUUCCCGCCCUUUCUUGGUUCAGUUUCUGUUCUUGAACAAUAUCGGCGAUGGAUGAACCGCCGAUCCCGGUCACCGGAUACGGGAGCGCUGCAGAUUCCUUCAUUACCGUCUUCUUCGACACCAGCCUCGACACUCACUUGGCCUUGGACAUGGUCAAAAAGAGAGGGGUUUACAAUAAUUUGGCAGAGUCAAUUCUUAUAAAAAGUGUCUUUGAUGGGGUGAAGAAAGGUUGGUUUGUUAGUGUUGAAGCUUCUAUUGUUUCUAAGGAUAAUGAGAUUGAGCCUGAAGAGGCCAACUUUGCCUUAGUGAGAAGAGGAAGAGAAGCAAAAAGGGGGCAGAUGAUCUUUUUGGUAAAGACGUUGAUGUGUCAAAUGCACAAAUUUGGACCAAAAAGUGAAUUUGUUGUUGGUAAUGUGCAGAUCUCAGACCAAAACGUUGCUGGUAUACAAAUUGGAGUGGUAAUUGCUUUAGCUGAGGAAUCUGAAGCUCAAGUGGUACAUGUGGAAUUUUCCAAAGAUGGAUCCAAGGGUUCUAUAGUUAAUGAAAUCGAGGAAAAUUUACACCAUCUACGUGUAGCAAACAAGAGGCUUAAAACUGGAAAGGAGAUAGAUGAUGAAGCUUCUUUAAGAGAUACCAACACUAUUGUUUUGGAAUUUAGUGGAAUGACUUGUAAGCGUCCUGUUCUAUAUCAACUAUCUACAGUAGAUGAGCAACAACAUGUGGUUGCUACUCUGGAAAUCUCAAAUGCUAGCUCUAUGGAAGCAUUCGAUCAAUUGGCUAGCCGAAGCUUGGUGAAGAAGAAACGAAAAAUGAAGUCUUCUAAGAAAGUAGAUAAAAAAACUGCUGGAUUAACUCCUGAUGAGGCCAAUGCUGGUAAAGAGAUACAUCUGAAGGAAGCUGGAAUUGACAGUGGCAAUGUGUUGCGUCCUUCUACUGUUUCUUUGACGGAGAAGGACCCUGAUCCUCCUCAAGAGCAACAUACAUUAUUCUUUCACAAGAUAUCAAUGAGUUUCAAGAACCAAUAACUAAUGAUACGAGUAGAGUUGAAACAGAACAAGAGGUCCAUGAGACAAUUUCUGCAAAUGUGCAGAAAGAAGUUGUUGAUUCUAUGGUAUGCAAGGUUGAUUCAUCUGUGGAUAAUGGGAAAGCUUUAAAGAAAAGAAAGAAAUCCAGAAGACAUACGGUACGCAUGAGUGGAACAAUACCAAUUCCUUCAGACGCUGAUCAUGUUACGGAUUAUUAUGCCACUGAUAUUCCAUCUAGAGAAGCCGAGAAAGUAUGCAAGGCUAAGAACUCUAUUCAUGAAGCUUCUAAAAAGGGAGAUUUAAAAGAAGCAGCGACAGCUAAUAGUCUGAGGGCUUCUCUUU